AAUAGAUAAACUUGUAGAAAGUGUGGCCAAUAUAAUUCAGUUGAUACCUAACUAUACACAGGAAUGGAGCAGUGGAUGAUUUUUGUGGUAUUAACAACUCAAACACUUGCAUUUUUACCAUCCCAAGAAAGUACCAAUGGGCGUCCAGAUUUCACUCAUGCCAGUAUAACACAGGCUGGGAUAUACUAUGCCGCUGCAGAUGUCAUAACGAAUGUAUUAUCCCCUGGAAAAUUCAACGCAUCAGAUCCAGAUUCAGUCAUCAUCGGUUUCUUUGGUCAAGAUGCCUUGAUAUACUUCGCAAACGUUGUCGUGUAUAUUGUCACGCAGAACAAUUUGGCUCAGAAGACUUACAGCGAAGUUGCAUCAAGAACGAUGAAUAGUGAACAAAUUCAUGCAGGGAAUAUUGAGCUACAUAAUUUAAGAAAAAAUAUCAUAAUGGAAGCAAAGAAAGCUUAUCCAAACUGGAAUGCUACAAGAGAAUUUGUCGGCGAGUAUUUGUUCACUCUUCAGGAAUUCUACAGCAAUACCAACUGGGUUGAAAUGUUUAGAAAUCAAAGCUGUAAAGAACUAGGGAUAUCUGGAAGGUCUUUACCUAUUCCAGUUGCCAAUGGCUACACAGUAACCUGUGUGGAUUGUGAUUAUACGGUGCAGGCAAUCAAACAGCUUUCGUGUGCUCACAACAUAAAGCUAGAUGGUCGUGUUCUCACAAGUGGCUACACAAGUUAUCAACAUAUUCCUAAACCUUUAGGGCCAACAUUAUUCCCAUCCCACAAAGGAAAAUGUAGCCAUGGAGGUCAAUAUGACAAAAGUCGAAUGAUUCCUGCUACAGGAGGAAUUAACAAGGAAACGUCUAAUCCAGAAUUAUCUCCCCAUUUUCAUCUUCAUGGAAUGGCCGGUCUUGCUGCAAUUCAAGCAACGAAGGAUUUCUUUAUUGGAAAAGAAUUUGGACUACUGUCAAAACUGGGGAUUGAGACAUUCAGACACUUACUUGGAAUGCACUACAGAAAUCCAUGCUAUAACUGUCUUGCUCCUGGACUAUCCGUGGUAUUUGUCAUUGAUGAUACUGGAUCAAUGGGCGAAGAAAUUCGCGAAACUGCUAUGCAUAGUGUAGACAUUGUAAAUCAAGCAUUACUUCUUGGAAACAAAGGACCAAACAACUAUAUUCUGUCUACUUUUAAUGACCCAGAAACAACUUUACAAAACACGACAAAUGGUCAAGAAAUGAAACGUUGGCUUCUGCAUUUGAGUGCCAAUGGUGGAGGUGAUUGUCCAGAAAUGGCUAUGGCGGGUUUAAUAAAUGCAUCGAGGAUAGCCAAUCCAGGAUCCUGUUUAUUCUUCUUCACCGAUGCUGAUGCAAAAGAUGCAAAUAAUAAAACCAAAUCGGAAUUCAUUGAGCUGGUAAAUAGUAAGAAUCUUCAUCCUGUGUACUUCCUUCGUGGUGAUUGCGGUGGUGGUAGGAAAAAACGGUCAACCUUUACUGUUCCCGUUGACAUCCAUUGCAUUCCCAAUGACGAGGCACCAGAAAGGGUGAAGCGAGGCGUUGGUGGUUUAACAUUUUUCAGUGAUUUAGCGCAAGCCACUGGGGGUAAAAUUGUUCACACAACAUCAGGUUCUUUAGGUGCUAUCUUGAGUACCUUCGUGGAGAAUAACUUGAGAGUAAAAACCGUGGCCGUGGAUUCAUUUGAAAUGAAUGAGACCCAACAUUCUUUUCUAGUUGACCUUGACCUAUCGCUUUUGACUGUAAAGAUAGAAGGCUACACAUCCUCGACUGUGAAUCUGAAAAGACCAGAUGGUACUGAUCAGGAUUUUACUGAAAAUGCGACAAUAGAUAUUAUUCAAAACACAGCAGUUAUAUCAAUACAGGAAUUUAUUGUGAGCAUUCGUGGCAUUGUAAACGGUACAGAUUUCACACGUGAAAAAUUGGAUCAAGUUAUUCCAGCCUCGGGCAGAUUGGAAUUUGUGUCCCAACCAGAAAAAUUGGUUCCGAUGACGGAGACACAAAUUCUGAUUAAUGUUACGAACACCGGGGACAGAAAUCAAACGUUUCUUGCCGAGCUCUUUGAUUCUAGUGGAUAUCUAGUGGAACCUGUGGUUAAAGUAUUGUUACUCAAAAGUCAAGAAAGCAGAGAAAUAAAUGUCAUUAUGAAUGCAACAUCUUCUGAAUUAACGAAACUUGCAGUGACACUGUCCCUGUCUGGAAAAGCUCUGCAGACAAUAACAAGGACCUUCAUGGUAACCGAAGUUUUCCCGCCAUCUGUGACUAUAGAUCAUAAAACCAGUGAUUGCGCAGCAGAGAUUAUGAACUAUUACAACUGCUCGCAGCAACAAUGGGAAGCGCAGAUAACAAUUGUCUUCACCGUUAACAAGCAAGAUUUAUAUGUUACACCAAAUCUACCGGGUAUUCAAUUUAACUAUACUAAGAAGAGCGCUGAUGGGAUGACUCUGAGUGCGAUUUUGAGAGGCAAUUGUUGCUUCUACAGAGUAUCUCUCCUGGCAACUGACGUGCGUGAAAACAUCAUAUGGAAGACCUUUGAUUUCUCUGGAGGAGCCGUUUUCAAUACGACAGAUGUUGAUUUAGCGCUGCUUACUAAACCUAAUAUUAAGCAGAGCAAAACACCACAAGCAUUAAAGACAAGCAACUUCCUGUUGUGUAUUGGAAUCGGCACGGGAGUCUGCUGUCUAAUUUUGGCAGUGGUACUCAUUAUCGUCAUUGCCAGAAGAACAAAGUCCAAGAAAGUCUAAGAGGACCCCAUCCAUUUACAAACUACGAAAUGCAGUGACGAAGAACGAAUUCUGUACACACGUUUGGUAUUAAAACACUCUAAUGAUUCUAGACACAAUGUAAAGUUUUCUGAAGUAGAUAUUACCUUAUUUUGAUGAAGAAUGUUAAUCUCCCUGAUAUACAUGUACAUGUAAUGUUAUCUAUUGAAAAGCAGAUGACUUAAAAAAUUUACGCCUUGUCAGGAUUUUGGAAUUUUGAUGAAAAGGUACAUAUUUUCACCCUGUCCAUAAAUAUAAGCUAGAGCACCACUGUGAAAAAGAUUCAGACUGUUACUAGAUAUUAGUAUCGAUAUUUCAAAAAUAUAUGUUAUUGAUUUUUA